AUGGAGCGCCGCACAUUUGAAGCUCCCAUGGAGUGGGAGUACCAGAACACGGGGCCGAUCGAUCUGACGAGCCCCUUUGCGCAGGUGGCCAAGAAGCGAUCAGACAAUUUAUUUAGUACUUCGUCGCCCGUCAAAUCAGCUUCUGCGAGCGGCUCGUUCUCUGCCUUUGGAACGCCGUCGUCGAAGCCGCCCACCAAAUCCUUCUUCACCCCCCAGCUCGCCCCCAAGGUUGUUGCGCCGCCGUUCCGAAACCCAGCAUUCACCACGCCGAGAAAGAUGGACGAGUCCUUCUCCUCCUUCACCACCGUCGCCGAAGACAGCCCAGACGCAGCCGAAGCUUCAGCGGGCUCAGCGCUGUCAGUGUUGCCCAACGACACUUUUGAAUCAGAGAACUCGAGCGACGUGACGACCAGCACCAUCACGACGCCCACCAAGAUCGACAAGACCUCUCGCUACAACAGGGGGUCGCCUCGGAAGUUUGCAGCUGGUAGAGGGGAGAUUCGGCCAGUCAGCAGAGAGUCCCCUCGCAAGGACAUGCAGGUGCUGAGGAAGAGGAAGCGCCACAAUCACGACAAGGACGUUAGCAGCGUGAUCCGACACAUGCCACCGGAUUGGGAGGGCGAUGCCUCGGACACGGAUACGAGCGCGGCGUCGUAUGGAGGCAUGCCACUGGGCCCUAAUGCGCCGCUACCUCAUCCAUCAUCGUCGCAGCAGCGCCAGCAGCAGCAGCAUGGCCCGAAACGCGAGGGCUGGUUUGUCUCUGCGCUGGGCACAAUGGACCGAUAUCCAGGAGCCCCCGACCACAUCUAUCGAUGGCUGCAGCUGGGGCUCAACUGCUUCAUUAUUGGUGUUGUUCUGUUCUUUGGCUGGAGCGUUGUUGACGCAGUGCGAUCAGACAUCCGCAACGCCAAUGAGAUGGCGCGGAUGGAGAUUAUGAGCCACAUCUCAGAGUGCCAGAACCACUACAUCAGCAACGGGUGCACCAAAAAUGACCGGCCAGCACUGAUAGAGCUGUGUGCCGAGUGGUACGACUGCAUGACGCAGGAUUCAGAUGCCAUUAUGCGCGUCAAGGUCACAAUCAAACAGGUGGCCGAUGUCAUUAACGAGUUUGCCGAUGCAAUGAAUCUCAAGGCCUGGCUCUUGUUCGGCGCCAUUGCCAUCUUCGUCAUCUUUGCCAACAUCAUGAUUGGAUGGGGACGAUCCAAGGCCCAGCCAGGGCCAGCGCAUCCGCCCGCCUAUUCUCACGGUCCUGUAAUGGGGUCAGAUGUCACGCCGGCGCAAUUCAGACAGCGCUUUGAGACUCCCGGGACACAUUUUGAGACUCCUGGAACACACUUUACAACUCCCAGAUCACAGCGAUAUGCGUUUAUAGAAGAAGACACGGAUUUUGACAUGUCAACCCCCAAGGCUCUGGGGCAAGGCUUUGGGUAUACACCAGUAGGGCGUCGCAGCCCGGUCAAGGGGGAAUGGGCGGCAAGUUCAAUGAGGAGCUACCGGAGCCCUCAAAGGGGAUAUUAG